AUGAUCCUAUGGGAUAACUUGGGCUCUGUCAUUUUUCCAUCAUGUCAACUAUUGUUCUACUGUAACAAUGCUCUUGAGGUGGAAAUUCAAGCUAUCAAGGUUGGAAUAUCUAUGGCUAUCGAAUGGUCUAACCUUCUGGUCUUAGUACAAUCGGAAUCGAUGGUGGCCCUUUCUUCUAUGACUAAUGCCUCACUUGAUAAAUCACCCAAUGGCCAAUUGGUCAGGGAGAUCAAGAACUACAUGUUGCAGAGGGAGUUUAAACUAGUGAAGAUCCCGAGAUCACAAAACAUGGUCUCACAUUGUCUUGCUAAUUAUGCCCAAAUGGCUCGUAGCACCGCUUGUUGGUUGCAACGGCCAUCCCCCUUCAUUCAUAAUCUCGUAUUAGCGGACUCUAAGCCUUUUACUUCGGAAUAA